UUUUAAGUGCGUGAGUUAUAAAGCUCCGCCGUCGAUACUGUGUUUAUGGAUAAUUUCAGCCUUCCGUGUCGUCACUCUACCUGUGUAGACUGGUGUGUACGUGGUAAAGGACAGAGCUUCACUAACAGAUACAAUGGAACAUGAAGCACCGCCGUGAUAACAACACAAGCGUCAGUGUGACCCUGCUGAUCGUCUGGUUGUUAGCCUUGUCAUGUGAUGCCUGUUCACCCACGUGUGAUUGUGUUGGGAACUACUUUGCGUACUGUGAUAGACGCGAACUUACUUCCGGUCAUGUGAUCAACUUAAUAAAUCAGCUUCCGGUGAGGAUCACUUAUAUUGACUUCAGUCACAACUUUAUAAGAGUGCUGAACAAAAAUAUGUUCCAUCGUCAUUCGGAUUUAACGACCAUCAGCCUCGACCAUAAUGUCGUGAGUGUGAUCGAUGGAGGUACAUUUCAUCCACUUCUACGUCUACGUAAACUCUUCCUCCAUCAAAACCAACUACCCCAGAUUACCACAGACAUAUUCUCCCAUCUCAAACUACUGCAGAAUCUUCAUUUGAACAACAACCACAUCAGAAUCAUUCGAGAUAGUAGCUUCGCUCAUCUGGUAAAUUUACGAGAGCUUUAUGUAAACAGAAACUUUCUAACAAAUGUGACAUCCAAAACCUUUGUAGGUCCAAUUAGACUCAAAAUACUCAAUAUGUCAGAAAAUAACAUCCACUUCAUCAGCGAUUUCGCGUUUGCUUCAUUGUUUAAUCUUCACAAACUUUUCCUGGAAAACAACGAGAUCGCUCUUCUAACGUCAAAGACAUUCUGGAAUCUGACGUCACUGCGGGAGUUAGAUCUACAUAACAACAAGAUAACCUCAAUACAAGCGUCACACGUGGACCCGUUCAGACGUCACAUCCGGGUACUGAGACUUUCAUCGAAUAGACUUACCUAUUUAAGCGGGGGUGUCUUCAGUGAUAUGAACUCGCUAAAAGUUUUAGAUUUAAAUGAUAAUCAAAUUAAAACGACAGAAGAAAGUGUGUUCUGGCAUCUGGACCUUCACGAAUUACGUUUACAGGGUAAUCGAUUCGAGACUGUAACGAGGGAAAUGUUUCUCCAUACGUACUCACUCAGAAAUCUAGACUUUAGUUAUAACAGGAUCCGGGCCGUUAGUCCUGGGUCGUGGGCUGGUCUGGGACAGUCGCUACACGUCCUUAAUCUAACAGGUAACAGACUCAUGGAUCUCUCGAAAAGCAUGGUGCAGGGCAUGACAGCAUUGCGCAUGCUCAGUGUGGCUAACAAUAACAUUUCUAGCAUUGAAUCAGGAUUUAUGUCAGAACUAUCGAGUUUACAAAUGUUAGAUCUCCGUGCUAACAGUCUUGGGUCGUUAGUGUCACGUGACCUCACAGGCCUAGAAUUGGUGCCGAGAAUACUUCUGGAGGGAAACCCUCUGCGUGAACUGUCAGGAUUUAUGUUUGUCGGGGAUAUACAUGUCAGUGUCAGUCUAUCCGUUAUAUCUACGGACGACAAGACAGUCAACAUCACCUGGCCUUAUAAGGAUGGAAAUCAAUUAUAUUGGUCAGUAACCGUGAAAAACUUAAAUAGAUCAGAAAUCAGUCACGAUGUUACAAUCUACCUACAAGCUUAUAUGACACGUGCAGUGAUACCGGAGUUAUCCCCCCUUACCCAUUACUACAUCUGCGUCAGGCCAGUGUUUGUUGACGGGAGCGUUAUUGUGGACCAGAUUGGUUAUGUGACGACUUCCGGUUCGGAUGAGUUUGUCUCACAGACAACAUUGCGCCAAGACAUACAAGUCUCAAGGUCAAGUCGUCCCCUUCCGUCGGCCAUUUUGUGCUGUCUAAUAUACAUAUCUAUGUUGUUGUUUACUCCAAUUCCCUGAUUUAAACAGUAAAAGACUCGCAGAUUAGUUUUCUUACUUUGAAAGUUGUUUUGAUGAUUCAACAUUUUUUACGUCGUCAUCAAACGUCUGUUUCAGACUAGGUAUAUUAGUCGCGGUGGUUACUAAGCGGACUGUAAUAUUCUCUAGUCAUUUUUAUUUUCAAUAUAUCAUUAUUCUAUUCCAUCCCCGAAAAUAACUGAAAUAGAAUCCUUGUUUAUAAAACCCAUUACAGAACCUAAAGGAACCUAAGCUACUGAAGAUUAUUAGAUACGUCUGAUUGGCUGGUUCGUUAGUCAACUGUACUAUAUCCUGGUAUAUAUGUUAAUUCAUACAAGAAAACAAUCGGCGUUCUCGUGCAAUGUCUUAAACUGAUUAACAUUGUAUGUAGUAUUCCCAUGCCAAAUACUGUUGAUGUAUACUCGGUGUUCACAUAGAAGAGGUUUUCUUUGUGCCAUUUGUUAGUUGACAAUAAACUAUGUCUAAAAUAAAUCUGAAAUCAAGUUAUUUAUAGAACGACAUCAAAGGUAUAACAUGUGUAAUUAAAACAGUUUUGAUGACGUCA